UCAGUUACUUCGAAAAUAUGUUGCUAAGAGCAGUGAUCUUGGAAUUAUUGUUACAAUUUGUGUAUGGUUAUCAAGAAAAAUAUGUAAUAGAAAACAAACAGAUAGGCAAGGUCUUAGAAGAUGUAGAAGACGCACGUCAAUUACUCGACUGGCAUAACAAAGACACUCAACUCUGGAUUUUGGAACCACAAAACAAAUCUGGAUAUUUUAUUAUUCGCAACUUCGGAACUAGACACCGCUUAACAUGCUCAAAUGAUGGCACAUACUACAGGCUUUGGACCUUAAAUACAGACGAGUAUACUAGGAUUAAGUCUGAACAUUCUACAUUUUUUUUGAGACAGAAAUAUAAUAGCCUGAAGUGUUCCGAGACUGAGCAUGACGAUGAAAGCGACAUGUGGUUAUUUAUCGAACAAUCUCAGAAACUAAACAUGAGAUUUGUAAUAGAAAGCGUUAGGACAGGAUUGGUGAUAGAUGACGGUGGUCAAAAACGUAAAAUGGUCAGAUGGAAGAAUACAAACUCGCAGCUGUGGACUUUGAAACCAAAAAUGAGGUCUGGUUAUUCCAUUGUCAACGUCGCAACUGGAUAUAGUAUAACUUGUAAGGACAAUGACAUAUGGCAACUGAACACCCAUGGUGAAACGCGGAUUGAAGUUAAACAUCCCAGUAUCAUUCUGUCGUCAACUGAUGGCUUACGCUGUUUUUAUAAUAAAACAGGUCAUGAAAAUGACAGAUGGCUGUUUAUCCAACAAUCCAGAAAGGUUAACACGAAAUUUGUGAUAGAAAACAAGAAAACAGGAACAGUUUUAGAAGAAGCAGAAGAAACUCUUAAAAUAGGAAAGUGGCAAUACAGAGAGAGGCAAUUAUGGACCUUGGAACCACAAGAUAAAUCCGGGUAUUCCAUUAUCAACGCCGCUACCGGAAAUGCGUUAACCUUCUCUGAAAAUGGAAUAGAGAACCAAGUGUGGACACUGUACACCCGUGGAUAUACGUUGAUCCAAGUAGAAUAUCCUAAUGUUAAUCUGGCCAACAAGAACGGCAAACCAGUAUAUAUUAAAUACAUACAGGACGAUGAAAGCGACAGAUGGAGGUUGAUUGAACGAGAUUCCAUGAAAACUAACGUAAAAAGGAAACCUAUUUACGUUGAAAGCUACCAGCAGAAGUUUAUGAUAGAGAAUAAAAUGACAGGAACUGUACUGGAGGAAUCAUCAGAAGGGAUUCUAAAAAUGGGCAAGUGGGCAAAUAAAGAUGGUCAACUGUGGACUUUGGAUUCGCACAACGUUUCUGGAUAUGCCGUUGUCAACGUUCAAAGUGGGGGAACUUUGACGUAUUCCGAAAACGACGAGGAUUAUCAAAUAUGGUCGCUGAGCACCCAAGGCAAAACAUUUAUACAGGUUGAAGGUCGCAACGUUUUUCUUAUCAGCAAGAGCGGUAAACCGGUUUACAAUGCGUAUAAGCUCUACGACGGAAGUGACAUGUGGUCAUUGGCCGAACAAGAAUUUAAUACGGAUAAGAGGAUUUAUGUUGAGGAUUGUCAAGACAAAUACGAAUACGUUAUAGAAAAUGUGAAUACGGGAAUGAUAUUGACACUAGAAGAACAAACCGCUCUCGAGGAAUGGCAAGAUAAAGACUACCAGCUAUGGACUUUGGAGGCACAGAAUAAAUCUGGAUAUUUUAUUAUUCGCAACAUUGCAAAUGGAGUUGAUCUAAACUGCCCUGAUGAUGAUGACAUUCCCCAAAAUAUAUGGAAGUUGAACAUUAAGGGUGACACACAAAUACGAAUUGAUUAUCCUAAUAUUCUCUUAUCACAGGAGAACAAUUCUCUUAUGUGUAUUUAUGAAGAAUCUGCUGAAGAGAAUGACAAAUGGUUAUUUACUGAACGGUCCAAGAAAACUAAUAUGAAAUUUUUAAUAAAAAACAAGAAAACAGGCAUGAUCUUAGAAGAAGCAGAAAACGCUCUUAGAAUGGGCGAAUGGAAGCACAGAAUUUCGCAGAUGUGGACUUUAAAGCCACAAAACAGAUUGGGAUAUUCCAUCGUCAACGUUGCGAGUGGAAGACCUCUGACAUAUUCCAAAAACGGCACAGACUUCGAUUUAUGGAAACUGAAUACUAGGGGUGACACAGGGAUCCAUAUUGAAGACGCCAAUGUGAUCUUAGCCGACGUAAAUGGCAACGUAGCAUGUGUUGAUCAUAAGCAAAAUGAUGAAAGCGACAAAUGGCUCUUGAUCGAAGAAGAACUUGAAAUUAAUGCGAAACCAACGCCUAUUUAUAUUGAAUACCACCAAGAGAGAUUUGUUAUACAGAAUAAAAAGACAGGAAGGGUGCUAGAUGUGCCAAACCAGUUCCUCAAAAUGAGAGAAUGGGAAAAUAAGAAUUCGCAAUUGUGGACAUUGGAAGCGGACGGAUUUGAGCAUUACCUCAUCCGGAAUGUUGCAAAUGAAGGAGUUUUAUCGUAUCUAAAAGAGGGUAAAGAGUACAAAUUAUGGAAUUUGGACAUUAGCGGCAACACUUCUCUGAAAGUCGAAGGCACAGACGUAGUUUUGUCCGAUAAAGAUGGUGCAGCAGAAUUUACUGAAGAACAAAAUGACGACAGCGAUAGAUGGAUGCUGGUCGAUGAAGUUUCAAGAAAAAGAAAUACGAAAUUAAAAUCGAUUUUUGUUGAAAAGAAAGCUGCAGUAAAUGCCUCUUAAUUAGAAAUUUGUACUCAUUAGGAUAUGCAUUUGAAUAAUACCAAUAAAGAAGUGUCAUAUUAAUUAUAUUUAAUAAUAUUAAAUAUUCAGCCAUUAUCAUUUUAUAUCACUUUAACGUAAAUAAACUACAAAAAAUUUUACUUUAACUAUAAAUAAUAAAGAUAUGAUCUGGUACAGAUAGAUAAAAAUUAAAUUUAUAUACUUUUAUGUUUUUGUGAACGCCUUUAUUUUUUUUAUAUGAAGUUGUUGUUAUAGUUAUGAUUGUUAUGAGACUCUCUCAGAGUGUGGGUUCCUUUGUUGCUUUAUUUUUUAUUUUGAUUGAAACUUUUAUAUGAUGAUUUUUAUUACUCUAAUUUUUCUAAAUGAAAGAUAUGUUCAAGUUACACAAUGUCGAUAUUUUUCUAAAUGAAAGAUAUGUUCAAGUUACACAAUGUCGAUAUAUUACAGGAAUUUUUUAUCAUAGGAUUGUUGUGAUGUUAAGAUUAUGCUCCUUAUACUAAAUGAAUUACACAAGAAAUUUCCCCCCCUAUUACAGUGUAUAAUGAUUUUUUAUACUGUAAGUAGUUUAUUUGAACAACUAUGGAAUUGUGUAUUAAUAACACAUAAAUGCAGUGAAAUUUUACAAUGUAGGAAUUUAUAUAGCGCUUUAGUUGUGAAAUUUGCAAAUUUGUUUAGCUAAAUUGUCGACACUUACGAACGUAAAUUUAUUGCUGGUAUUUAAUUUGCAUGUAACCUCGCUAUACUGUAGAUUCUGCUUCAUGUAGUCGAGCUGUUCUGAUGUCCCACCUUGAAAUGACGUCUCGCCACGGAGAUUGCCGAAUAUUCCUUGUAGAUGUAAAUGCACUGCACUUUAUUUUAUAGAUUUCACUUAACACUUUUUUUAUUUAUGCUCGUUAACCUAGUUUCAAUUUAUUGUUGAUAUUGCUGAAUGACUUUUCGAACUUUUGUCACAUCUAUCUAUUAUUGUGACUUUUCGGACUUCUGACAGCUACAUAUAUUUACGACAAUUCACCACCAUGAUGGCUGAAAUUUUCACUAACAUGUUGAUUUUAACUGAUAGCAAUUGUUUUUCUAGGAGCAAACUAGCGAUGUUACUGCUACAGGUAAACAUGGAAGACUGGAUACCUCGAGCCCGGAGAUUACUUUUAUCAAACGUGAAAAA